AUGUCCUCACCGUCAUACGCGAACCAGCUCCACGAAAAAAUAAUGGAGAAGGCGAAGACGACCCUCACCAGCAAGGGACACUGGAACAUGAUGGUCGCAGAAGAAGCCCUAGGAAGCAUCCUACUCCAAAUGGAGAAGGACGGACACUUCCAGGGAAACCGACUAACGCUGCCGCGUAGCAGAACGGACCCGAGAAAGUUCGAGGACCACGACCGCAGUGGACAGGACAGGGACAGAGGCCGCAAGCGCCGGAGCAUCGUGAAACCGGGAAAAAAGACCGGCCCACCACCGAAAAAGAGCGCCAGCCACCCCAAGGAGAAGCCGCUCCACAGCAAAAACGCGGAGACCUGGGACGGCAAAAUCCUCAUCGUCAAUGGAGGACCGAAAAGGUUCACACCAGCGGCGGGCAUGGACCAGCAAUCCAUAAUGCAGGUGCCGUACUGGCUGAUCAAGUCGGGCAAGGCAGCACCGCAGCUCCAGAAAGCGCUGAAGAUCAUAUGGGUGAGUGCCCAAGAAAACCCGGCCAAAGACGGCUGGGGGCAAACCCAGGUAAUAUUGAAAGAUCGGAAUGCUACAGGUCGGUGGCGAGAGAGCGGACCACGCCGAAUCGACGAUCCGUCUGCUCGGCGAAAAGAAAGGAGCCGCGACCGUCGUGAUCCCGAAUGGGACUUCGGACGAAACGAAGGAACGCUACACAAAGUGCGGAAUCCACCUCAAAGAAAGAAGUGUGGACGGCGAGCUGGAAGCGGACCUCCAGACAGUGAUUGAUGGAGAGAAGUAG